GCGCGUGCGCGAGCGGUGCAGCACCGGCCGCGGGAGCAGGGAGUAUUAUGGGCUGUGGGUGCCGCUGAGCAAGAUGGAGCUGUCUGCAGUGGGCGAGCGGGUCUUCGCGGCCGAAUCCAUCAUCAAACGGCGGAUCCGAAAGGGACGCAUCGAGUACCUGGUGAAAUGGAAAGGGUGGGCUAUCAAGUACAGCACUUGGGAGCCCGAGGAGAACAUCCUGGACUCGCGGCUCAUUGCAGCCUUCGAGCAGAAGGAGAGGGAGCGUGAGCUGUAUGGGCCCAAGAAGAGGGGACCCAAACCCAAAACUUUCCUCCUGAAGGCGCGGGCCCAGGCAGAGGCCCUCCGCAUCAGUGAUGUCCAUUUCUCCGUCAAGCCGAGCGCCAGCGCCUCCUCGCCCAAGCUGCAUUCCAGCGCUGCCGUGCACCGGCUCAAGAAGGACAUCCGCCGCUGCCACCGCAUGUCCCGCCGCCCCCUCCCCCGCCCAGACCCCCAGGGGGGCAGCCCCGGCCUGCGCCCGCCCAUCUCACCCUUCUCCGAGACCGUGCGUAUCAUCAAUCGCAAGGUCAAGCCGCGGGAGCCCAAGCGGAACCGCAUCAUCCUGAACCUGAAGGUGAUCGACAAGGGCGCGGGCGGAGGCGGCGCUGGGCAGGGGGCCGGGGCCCUUGCUCGCCCCAAAGUCCCCUCGCGGAACCGCGUCAUCGGCAAGAGCAAGAAGUUCAGCGAGAGUAUCCUGCGCACCCAGAUCCGCCACGUGAAGUUCGGCGCCUUCGCGCUGUACAAUAAGCCGCCGCCGCCGGGCCCUCUGCCGCUCCCGCCAGCCGGCAAGGCCGACAUCUCCGCGUCCCCCGGCCCGGGGCUGCUGCUGGCGGCCCCCAGCGCCCCCUUCGACGCCCGCAGCUCCAGCUCCUCCGGCUGCCCCUCACCAGCCCCGCAGUCCUCCUCCGACCCGGAUGAUGCGCCCCCCAAGCUGCUACCCGAGACCACCAACCCAUCUGCUCCCGAUUGGCGGGAGCCCGAGGUACUUGACCUGUCCAUCUCUCCGGAGGCUGCAGCCACCAGUAAGCGGGCGCCUCCCGAUGGCACUGUGGCUGCCAGCCAGGCCCUUCCCGCCGCCCCUGAGCCUGCCGGUGCUGCCUCCGAGCCCGAGGCUGGGGACUGGCGCCCUGAGAUGUCACCUUGUUCCAACGUGGUCGUCACUGAUGUCACCAGCAACCUCCUGACGGUUACUAUCAAGGAAUUCUGCAACCCUGAGGAUUUCGAGAAGGUGGCUGCUGGGGUAGCAGGCGCUGCAGCGGUGGGUGGCAGCAGUGGGGUGAGCAAGUGAGGGGGCUCCACUAAGGAGGGGGGCUUGGGGGGGCCCUCCUGCCCAAAGUCAUACUCUUGCUCCCGCCCCUGCCCCCAACUCAGACAACCCUGCCUGUGCUUUGCUUGUUUCGAAUGGCUCGGUGUUGACCCCGGGAUGGGGCUGGGGGCUGAAGCCCAAUGGGAGGGGCAGUCCUAGAAAGGGUUGGGGCUAGGGUGGGGCCAGGGCACUGGGAAGUCCUCCUUCUUGUCUCUAGGCACCCUCCCUGCCCAUGCACAGUGGGGCCUGCUGUGUGGCUCCUGGGGAGCCCCAGAACCUGGGGUUCAGCUGCCCCCUCCACAUCCCACCCUGUCUCCCCAGCUUGCUUCCAGCUCUCGCACACAGCAUCUGAUUUCUCGGUGCUAACCCGGCAGCUGCGGGGCCCCUUAGAGGACCCCAUUCUAGCAUGGGCACCGUCCCUCUCCUUCCUCCAGAUGCCUGGGCAGGAGGGGCAGGGAUGGGAAACCAGACAGAGGCUGAGGUGAAGCCGGCCUUGGCCCCUUCCCCUACAUCAACAAGGGCCCACUUUUGGGCAAGACCCAAUCAGGCCCCCUUGGGUCCCACCCACCCACCUCUUUCCCUCUGGAAGGUCGGAGGAAUUGGCAUGGACCUCACCUGCCGCAGCCUCCCAGCAUCUAAAGGCCCUUCAGUUCUUGACCAAAGGUGCUACCACAACCUGGUGCGCAGACUUUCGACUGCGUGUGCGUCUGCUGCCCUUGGCGCAUCUGCGUGUGUCCGUGUGUGCGUUGGGCACUGGGCCCAGGCUCUCCAGGCUGCGCCCUUUAGGGUUCUUUAGGAUAGGGUCGUCAAAUUGAAGGCCUGGACCUUCCUUUGCCAUCGGCGAGGCCUGGGACCUGGCCCAGGUCGGAGGAGUUUGCUGUGGACGCUGACCCUCCUGGGCCGUGUGUGCAGGGGGUGCGUGCCCCAUGCCCUUCCCCUGUGGGGUGGUCAGCCCACCCUGUCGGGUCUUGGCUACAAAUGCGGCAUGGUGGGGCCUAAGGCAGAGGGGAGACCCCCAUCACAAGCUUCACCUUCUUCCUGGGUGUUAGGGGGGGAGGAGGGAGCCUGGACAUCGUUCAGUGGGUCUCUGGUUUCUCCAGCCCCCUGUCUCUUGCUUCUGACCGCCAAGGCUUUCUCACAGCCCGGCCUGCUCGAAGCAGAGGGAGGCCUCGUGCCCCGGGCAGCUUCUCUUUCCCACUGCUGCCAGGUAGCUGAGGUGUCCAUGGCAGUGGCAGAGACCAAAGCCCCAGUUUUAGGCUGGGCACUGGAAGGGUAGGCAGGCCAAAAGGGGGACGGAAGACGGGGCCUGUGUCCUUCAGGAGGGCAACUGUGUGUGGGACCAGGGGCCUGGUGCACAGGGGAGGCAGCCCUGCCAGCCAGCCCUGGGACUCUGCCCGGGCUCAGUUUGGCAUGAGUGGCAGGUCUUUGCUGGAGCUGGCUUCCUGGUGUCUCAGCUCAGAACGCUGAUGGCAAAAGGAGGGGGCAGAAAGGGAAUUCAAUUCGGUAACAAACGCCUUGGUCCUAAGCAUGGGAGAACUCUUUCUUCUGAAUCUCUCUGCCAGGGGCCACGGCAAGGCCCCGUCCCUCCCCACCCUAGGAUGGAGGACAAGGGCCCUCACAGGGUUUGGGGGGCUGGCACUCCUGGACCCCUCCCCACCCUGCCCUUUGUGUUGGCUCUGUGGCCGUCCAAGUGCCAAUUGGCUUUCCCCCAAAUAAGGGCUGGUAUUUCUCCUCUGUCCUUAGAGGUGAUUUCCCCCCGACCCCUACCCCAGGUGAGCAUCCACCUGGGUGCCAGUUACAGGUGUUUCCAGAGACCAUAGAAAUGUGUUUUCCUGAGAGUCCAUGUCAUUCGUGACCUUUUUGUAAAGAAGUUGUGUUUUCAGAGGUGAUUUUAUGACAGGAAAGUGAAAGAGUUAGUUUUGCAAAAAACAGAAAAAACAAAAAAAGAGGAAAAAAAGAAAAAAGAAAUAGAAAAAAAUAUUGUGGGAUUCCUAUGGGUUUGGGGGGGUGGGGAGAAAGAUAUUUAAAGAAAAACUAGUAACGCAGUGAUUGCACAGGUGAGGCGGCAAUGUUGUUAGGACGUGGCUAGAGGCCCAGGCCCAGCUGGGAGGGCCCAGGGGUGAAGGCAGCUGCCCUCCUUCCUUGCUGGGCCCAGAUUCCACAUCUGUUUUCGCUCAAAGGGAAGGAUGACCCCUCAUCCCAAGGGAACUUGCCAGAAGCUGCAGGAGCUGGGCAGACAGCGCUGAGAUUUGGGGAGGUUGGGGUCCACAGGAGUCCUACUGUAGCUGGGACCCAUCAUUGGUGACUUUCUGCAGGAAGGCUGGUGAGCAGGUGCAGUUGGGUUCCUUGCCCUUUGCCAGCCUAUUGGGCCAUCUGGUCCCUCCACGGCCACCCCAUGAGGGAAUCUCCCCAUCACCCCGAAGACCAUGACACCCCUGAGCUUCCCUAGCCAGGUGGGGGAUGCAGGCUUCAGGAAGACAGGGCUGUGGACUCUGGGAGAAUCUUCGGUGGUGAUCAUAGGGGGCUGGGGGUAACCGCAGGGAGAGGGAGUGCCCACACGUUCUGUUUCCACAGGCGGGUCGCUGCCCUUGACUCCCAGGUGGGCAGCUCCCCUGGGGGGCCUGAGUGGGCACCAGGUCAAGAGCAAGCGGAGCCCGCCUUACCUCUCUCCCAGGGUGGCUCUGAACGGGGUCCCACAGCCCCCACCCCCCAACUCUUGCACAGAUCAGCCUCCCAUGGGCCCUUCCUCCCCCAUUGCUGCUUUUCCGUUUGCCUAAUUACCAAGCAGAAGUUGCAGUCUGGUUUGCUUUAUUUUUAUAUGUGAAAUAUCCCCUCAAAGCCUAAUCUUUCCCCAUGUUGAAUAUUGGUUGAGGUCAUCCCCCCUUAGUGCCACCCUCUCCCCACCCCCACGUCAUAGGAAACAGAUGAGGUCUGGUGUCUCUAGCUUGAGAUGGGAAGUUGGGACCCCUUCUGGUCUCGUUCCCCUCUCGGAUCUUCAGUUUGCCCUUCUGUGAAAUGGGUGUAUUGGGCGUCAAGGCCUUUUCAUAGAGCGCUGCUUGUGUCCAGGCAGCUGCUGAAGAUUAGGUGGUGGUUGAGGUUGCUGGCACUGGGGCCUCCAACCUCCCACAGCCCCCUUUCAUUCUCACCCUGCAAAAUGGUCAUGGUCAGAAUGGGCUGAGCCCUCUCUGCUCCAAAAAUAGGUGAUGAUCAAGUCCCCAACCUCAGUGUGAGGCAGGCAGAGUGGGAGGGGUCACCCUACUUAAAAGACCAAGAAGCGGGCUCUGAGAGGCCAAACCGCUUCCCUGGAGUGAAGAGCCCAGCUGCUCUGGCCUUUGGAGGAAAACCUCUUGGGGGGUGGGGGCAGAAGCCCCUGCAAAGCCUGGGGCAUACCCCUGAGCCAGGUGGCUCUGGGCAAGCGGUCAGCCCAGUGGAGGAAACCGUUAGCUCGGGGAGCUGGGCUGCCACCAGCCUUUCUAGCCUCUGGGGGGACCCAAGUGGACACACCGUCUUUCCUACCUUUGGGGAUUUAUGUUGGUUUUUCCGGUGUGUUUUGUUUUGUUUUGUUUUGUUUUUGCACUUGGCCCACGCAGGACAGUGGAGCCCGCCUGGUCACUCCCACUUUCGGGCUCCCAUGCACUAGCCCAAGGCAGCCUCUUGGGGGCUUGUAUGGUUUAAGGAAUCACUUUUGAAAAAAGAAAAAAAAAAGGAAAGCGUUUAAAGGUUUUCGUUGUUUUCUCUGUCUGCAUCUCCUCUCAGAUUCAGAAAGCCCAGAAUCAGGAGCGAAAGCUCCAGGAGAGGGUCUUCCCAGCCUGACCCCAUCUUCCUGACAGUCCACGAGAUGCCAGAAUAGGGGGACAGGCUGGGUGGGGACUGAGGACCCUGCCUCCCAGGCCUCCCUCUCCCCGCCUUGAAGGACUCAGCAUCCUACUCCAACAGUGAGUGAGCGCCUACUGUAUGCAGAGCUUCGGCUAAGCCAAGGGGAGUUGGUGGUCUAACAAGAGACCCCUUGCAAGAGGCCAAGCUAGAGGGAACCAGGGGUUCUGGGGCCUGCCCCUGCUGUUGGGCAGAGUAGAGAUGGAGACUUCUUGUUGUUGGUUUUAAUUUAAAAACACAAAGGCCUAAAGAAAUGUAUCUUAUAAUUUUUUUAAUUUUUUAAAAGCUCAUUUAAUGAAUUGUGCACGAAUGAAUUCUAUAUAUAUAAAAUAUACAUAUAUAGCUCUAUAUUUGGGGAGGGGCGCUGUCUCUUUUUUUCUCUCUCUCAUUUUAAAAAUGAAGUGUUGUUGCCUUUGUCUGUGGUUCAACCAUCCAGCUCCCAGCUGGCUAAACUUUGCCUCCAGUGGUUCAAGACAGGAAACUAGUAGGAUAAGCAGGAGUCCAGAAACGGAGAUGCCACCCCAGGGUGGGGCCGGGUUCUGGUCCACCUGCCUGGCUCCCAGAGGCUGUGGGUGGCGAAGACAGCUUGUGUUGUCGGGUGUGGGUUUUGGUUCUGUUCUGGAUUUGGUUGUUUCUGGGCCGGGGGUGGGGGGUCUGUGCUGAUUACUCUCGUCUUGUACGUUUUGUUCUGCUGCUCUUCAAUAUUGUAUCAAUGCCAGGAAGGGGGCGUGAAAAGCCUCUUUUGCCCCCCAAAUAAAUUGUCACAUUCCGAAGCUAAUGUCUA